UUUCUCACCCUUACUUAUCUCUUCAGUGCUGGAACCAAUGAAUUCAUAGUGGAAAGACCGCCAACAAUCCUGUUCAGACAUCAGCUUGGCCCGAUUGCCCAAAGCAAUGACGGAAAACUCAUCGUUUACCCCGGAACUAUUCUGCACCUCGAAUGCCUCUGGUUGCGGAAAUUCGGUAAUCCGAAAUGGGUCAUUUCGCACAAAUAC